CGCCCACCGCCGCUGAGACCUACCGAGCUCGAUGCCGGAGAGCUCGACCGCCGCCACCGAGAUCCGCCGAGCUCUAGGCCGGAGAGUUCGAGCGCCGCCCCCCCGCGGCCGACGACGCCAGCCAGCACCGACCCCAGGAGCCGCCGUCCAGCGGCCGGCCACCAGCAGCGCCCGUUGGAUAGGGGCAGUGCCAGGCGAGCGCUGGCCCACAGGCGCGUGCGGCUCGGGCUCCUGCGGCCGGCCAGCGGAUUCCGGAGCUUGUGCGGCCCCCACGGGGCUCAUCAAGGUGUGCCCGUCUCCCAUCGCAUGCUCUCUCCUCUCCAUCCUGACGCUCUCGGUCUCUCCCCUCUCGCUCUCCCGAUGCAGGCAGGGGGCGGCGGCGUCGGUGGGAGCGGCUGGGGCGAGCUGGCGCGGCGGCGGCGCCCCUCCUCCUCCGCCUCCUCCUCUCCCUCUGACCCCUUCCCUCGCGAGAUGGCGGCGCCGGCUGCGGAUGGCGCGCUGGCGCGGGUGGGUCCCAGUGACCUCCUGCCUCUCUUCCAUCCUCUGUGCGAGCUCCUCACGGAUGGGGCCACGCGCGGUUGACGCCGGCGACGAGCUCGGGGCGUCCGUCGGCGGGGCCGUUCUGCACGCCAUCAGGCACCAGUCCGUCCCGUUCCGGAAAGGCCAGAUCCGGCGCCGCAAGCAGCAGCAGCCGUCGCGGCAGGCACCCCUGCACCCUGCGGCCUUUGUGGGUGAGGCGGCGGCUGGGCCUGCAGAGCGCUCGCGGAGCGGCGCGCGGGCAAGGGCCUGCGGUGGGCGCGCGCCGAGGACGGCGGUGGGCGCGCGCCGCGCUCGAGCUCGGCAGCGAGCAGCGGGGUUGGCCGGCGCGGAGCGGAAGCCAUGGCGCGGAGCAGAAGCCAUGGCGCACGGGUACCAACGACGGCGACAACGCCGUUGCCACUGCGCGGAGAACCGGUAGGCUGGGAGCGGGCGACCCGGCCGCACCGGCCAGCGGCAGAUGGACGCCGAGCACGUCUGGUGCCUGCACCGCCACGCGCCCGCCGACCAUCAGCGCAGGUCCACCCUCGUUAAGCACAUCAAGGUGCCCCUCCACCUCGAAGUUGUCAAAGGAGAGCUGUGUCGGUUGCAAGAUCAGGAAGGAAAACCGCCAGGUGUGAUGGGAUGGUGGCCUUCAAGAUCAGCUACAUUUAUUACAAAUCAUGACACAGGAUCAAAAGGCUAUGUUGUUGUUUUCUAAAUAUUCACCAUUAUUUGCUCACCUUUUGCUUUCGAAUGACAGCACACUGCUCUACAAGCCAUGUGAGUAAGCAGAGCAUCUGCACUUUGUUGCUAGCGUUUUCUUUUGACUUUUGCCCCAUUUCACACUGCUAGCCUUCUGCCAACUCUGCCUUCUUUGCAGCUGCACCUGUUUAGAUCUUGUGUGAACACUAGGAAAACAAUCAAAAGCCAAGAGGCUGUAAGAUUACACCAGUAGGAGGACAUGCUGCAACAGGUUCGUACAAUUUGUUUCUUCCCUCUAUCUAUAAUGCCUUAGGCAUCGUCCUCAUGAUGCAUGGAAAACCUAGCUAUUCAACCCAAGCCUCCACGUUUUUUUUUCUUCUUCCAUGUGUGAAUUUGCCUGUACUGAUUUGAUGUUCUCCUUCUGUUUACAAGGAUGAUGUAGUAGAAAUUACUGCUCUCCAUUAAUCUGCCUACGUCAGUUGCAACAAUGUGUUUAACUGGCAACUUAGUAUUAUUCUCCUUCCAUCUCAUGGUUCUGUGCCUGCUUGUAAUGAUAAUGACAAUACAUUCGCAAUGCCUAGCAUAUAUUUUAAUGAGCUGCUUUGAUCAAUGCCAUGAUCAAUGCAUGUCUUAUGAACUGCUUAUUUGUAACACUAUGGAAUGCAUUUGGAAUGCCUAACAUGAAAAUGCAGCAGAAGCCAAAUCUGUUGCAAUCCCUCAAA